CGGGGCGGAGCCGCCCCCCCGGAGCCCCGCCCGGCGCUGCGCGGUGCGGAGCUGCGCAGAGUGGGGCCGCCAUGACCGAGGAGGCGCUGCGGCGGGUCCGCGACCGCGUCCGGCCUUUCCCCGACUUCCCGGUGCCCGGUGUGCUGUUCCGAGAUAUCAGCCCCUUGCUGAAGGAUCCUGCAGCUUUCAAGACUUUGAUUGAUCUUCUGGAAGAUCAUUUGAGGGCAUCUUUCCCCAAAAUCGACUUUAUUGCAGGCCUGGACUCGCGUGGCUUCCUCAUCGGCCCCUGCCUGGCUCAGAGGCUGGGCAUCGGCUUCGUGCCCAUACGGAAGAAGGGGAAGCUUCCCGGCCCCACUGAGUCGGUCUCCUACACCCUUGAGUAUGGCAAGGCUGAACUUGAAAUCCAGAGUGACGCCGUGGAACCGGGACAAAAAGUAAUUAUUGUAGACGACUUGCUUGCAACUGGAGGUACCAUGUGUGCAGCCUGCGAGCUGGUCAAGAGGCUGAAGGCUGAAGUCCUGGAGUGCCUGGUGAUCAUAGAGUUAAAACCCCUGAAAGGCGUGGAAAAGCUGAAUUCCAUCCCCUUCUACUCACUGCUGCAGUAUGACUGAGAAGGAACCAGAAGGGAAUUACUCAGUGACUCUUUCUGGGUGUCACAAGGGGGUGGGCAGUGGGGAAUCUACAAUUUUAAUCCUGACCAGAUGCCAUACAACCAUAAGUCUUAUUUAUUUUCCAAGCCACAGAUUAAGGUGUGUUAACAUCCUUUUUGGAGUUCAUCCUUUUGGGAAGAAGGAACAGCCUGAUUACUUUGCGGGAUCGAGACCAAGAUACAGCUUCACUGAUUCUUUUUUUUUAGGAGACCCAAGUAGAAAUAAUGCUGCUGAGGCAGGAGGGGUCUGACAGCUUAGGGGGCCAGAAUUCCCCUUUGAUUCAGCUGCCUGGGAACCCAUUAAGUUUGCCAAAGAAACACAGAAGAUGGGCACAAAGUGAUUAUUUGUUUAAGGGAUAAAUCUCUAAUUCUUCUGCUGCAUUCACCUUGGAGCAUAAGGAUGUGGAAAGGAUGAUGCUGGUUUGGAGCCCAUUCUUGUUGUUGUGUUUGGUGUCAGAUAAGGCCACGGGAAAGAAAAAAAAAGAAAAGGAAAGGUGGUGUUCUUGCAGCUGAGCUCUGGUGGUCUCACUGGGGUUAAUGUGGCUGAUGACGUGGGGUUUGGAGAUGCUCCUCUAGCACAGUUCAGUUUGGUCACAGGAGCAGCUAAAACCUAGCGUGCCAAAACUUUCACAUGCCUGAAAACAUUAAGGACUGUGUCCCUGUCCUAGCGGGGGCUGAACUCAGUGGUAAAAUAAAUGUUGACUUAUUUUUAUUUUUUUCUAAA